GGCUGCUGAACUUGCAUUCGCCCUGGAGCCACUGCCACUGAGCGAGCUGCCGCCUCCGCCCGUGCUCACCGAGGAGGAUGCUCGUGAUCUGGAUGCCUACACGUUGGCCAAGUCUUACUUUGAUCUCAAGGAAUAUGACAGGGCUGCCUACUUUUUACAGGGCUGCAAGAGCCAGAAAGCUUACUUCUUGUACAUGUACUCCAGAUACCUGUCAGGGGAAAAGAAAAAGGAUGAUGAGACAGUUGAUAGUUUGGGACCUCUGGAAAAAGGACAGGUGAAAAAUGAAGCUCUACGAGAAUUGAGAGUUGAGCUCAGCAAGAAACACAAGGCACAGGAAUUGGAUGGAUUUGGCCUUUAUCUGUAUGGUGUUGUGCUGCGGAAACUGGACCUGGUGAAAGAAGCAAUAGAUGUGUUUGUUGAAGCUGCUCAUGUUCUGCCUUUGCACUGGGGAGCUUGGCUGGAACUUUGCAACUUGAUUACAGAUAAAGAGAUGCUGAAGUUCCUCUCCUUGCCAGAUACAUGGAUGAAAGAGUUCUUUCUUGCACACAUUUAUACAGAGCUGCAGCUGAUAGAGGAAGCUCUACAGAAGUAUCAGUCUCUCAUUGAUGCAGGAUUUUCCAAAAGCACUUAUAUAAUCUCUCAGAUUGCAGUUGCCUACCACAAUAUAAGAGAUAUUGACAAAGCUUUAUCGAUCUUUAAUGAGCUAAGGAAACAAGAUCCUUACAGGAUAGAAAACAUGGACACUUUCUCCAACUUACUCUAUGUAAGGGGCAUGAAGCCUGAGUUGAGCUACCUGGCUCAUAAUCUCUGUGAGAUAGACAAGUACCGUGUUGAGACCUGCUGUGUAAUUGGAAAUUAUUAUAGCUUGCGUUCCCAGCAUGAAAAAGCAGCACUCUAUUUCCAGAGGGCCUUGAAACUGAAUCCUCGUUAUCUAGGAGCCUGGACACUUAUGGGACAUGAGUACAUGGAGAUGAAGAACACAUCUGCAGCUAUCCAGGCUUAUAGGCAUGCAAUAGAGGUGAACAAAAGGGACUACAGAGCAUGGUAUGGCUUGGGGCAAACCUAUGAAAUCCUCAAAAUGCCAUUUUACUGUCUCUACUACUACCGACGCGCCCACCAGCUCAGACCAAAUGACUCUCGUAUGCUGGUUGCUCUAGGAGAAUGCUAUGAGAAACUCAAUCAGUUGGUGGAAGCUAAGAAGUGCUAUUGGAGAGCUUAUGCUGUGGGAGAUGUGGAGAAAAUGGCACUUGUGAAACUUGCCAAGUUGCAUGAACAGCUGAAUGAAUCUGAACAGGCAGCUCAAUGCUACAUCAAAUACAUCCAGGAUAUCUAUUCCUGUGGGGAGGUAGUGGAGCACCUGGAGGUCAGUACUGCAUUUCGUUACCUGGCCCAGUACUACUUCAAAUGUAAGCUUUGGGAUGAAGCCUCAGCAUGUGCUCAGAAAUGCUGUGCCUUCAAUGAUACUAGAGAAGAAGGAAAAGCCCUGCUGCGCCAGAUCUUACAGCUUCGCAACCAAGGAGAAACAUCAUCCACAGAUGUUGCCGCUCCCUUUUUCCUUCCGGCAUCAUUGUCAGCCAACAACACUCCCACACGUCGUGUCUCCCCCCUCAAUCUGUCUUCUGUAACUCCAUGAACAAUUCUGAUACUUCUAACUUGUGCAUUGGAUGUGACAUUGCAAGUGGGACAUGCAACCACUUCUUUCUAGGGAAAUUCCUCCUUUUGUUGUUGUCCUCCCAUAAAGGGAAGGAGUUAGCAGAGUCCACAGCUGAAGAGAGACAGGCCCCAACAGGGAAAGGGGAGCCUGAUGUCAAAGUGCCUGUGCUGUAAUGUGAGAACCUGCUCUACUUCUCACCAAGUCAUUCCAGUCAGAGGGCAGACAUGUCCCACUACACAGGACUGCUAAGUGAGGCAUUUGGAAGAGCUGUCUGCUUGAGUUAAAAUACAUUUUAAGUUUGAUUCUGCCAAGUUACCUCUGGUCUUUACUGCACUUCUUUGGAGGACCUCUUAGUGGUAUCACUGCUGUCCUCAUCAGAAACUGUUACCUAUCUGUCUAUGUAACGACUUUUGCUUGUUUUGAACUACACAGCAGUAGAAUAGGCACUUAGAGAUAGGUCCCAUGGGUAUGUUAAAGGAUUGGUAAAUGUCAGAGGAAUCCCAAGUAGUCUCAGGUGACAGCUGUCUGAGUUCUCACUGUAGAUCUGAUGGAUAAUUUUGUCUUUCAGUAGAAAAGCAGUUGGGAUAGCACAAUUGAAAAAUAAUGAAGUUACAGUUCUUGGGCUUUAUGGUUCAGGUUCCAUGUGUACUGUAGCAAUGGAAUCAAAUGAACUAUAAUGGAUCAUUUUGUUAAGAAGGCAAAAAGAUAAUUAUGCCUUUGUUUCAGAAUUUACAGCCUAUAAAUUUUCAGAAUUUACAGCAUAUAAAUUUACAGCCACACCCCUAUGUCUGUGGCAUGACUUUAAAUGAAGGACAAAGCAUUUAUAAAGCCUUCCCAUUUAGCCAUAGCUUCCUGUGUUUCAUGAGACCAGUUGUACAGGUGGGCACAUCAGGAGACCUGGGUCACAGCCCUGGGCUCUCUGUACAAUGCAUUUGCUACAUUUCCAUGGAGCAGAGGGAACCCAUGUUCUUAGUUCUGGGCAUCUCUAGAAAUUACUAGAGAUGUCCUAUGUUCCGUAGUAUCCAUUCAACAACCAUUUCUACUGCAGAUGGUUUUCAACAGUGAAACUGGAUCUUGAUGUAUUUUUCCAAGAACUCUGCUAAUUCCAUGCAAACCUGAGGAUAUCAGUGAGACCAUUUAUACAAUUGUUGUCACUAGGGUACUGGAACAAUCAAGCAAAUUGUGCUUGAUAAACUUGGUACUGCCUCUCUGCGUAGGGAUUAAUGUGCUGGUGGAUAAAUGAAGUGACUCGUGUCAUUUA